UGAGCGCUCUGCGUGCCUGGACGCUCUCACACCCGAUCCCGUACACGCAGAGACACUGAGACAUACACACCUCCAAAAGUGCAUGAAGAUACAAGGACAAAAUUAGGACUUUUGGACAAUGAACCUCUUCUGCUUCACUCUGGAUGGCUCUACAGACAGCCUGUAUGAGCCUACCCAGAGUGUCAAGAACAGCCAAGACUUAUUACACAAAGGGGGCGCAUUACCCAGAAUGCCGUGCAGCCCCAGGGCUGUGAGUGGAUCAGAGACCAUCAUGAAGCUUCCAAAGACUGCCACAAAUAAAAUCCACUUGGAAAAAGCAAAAAGAAAGUCCCAAAUAAUAACAGCAUCUGAGGAUGAAGCUUCAGAUCAUCCAGAGCCUGGUGAUAGCCACGGUCCCACCACCAAGAAAAAAGACAGAUGGAUAGAUAGCCAAAAUGAUUUCGACACAGAGACGGUCAAAGAUCAGCACCGGCUUAAACUGUUCCUAAAGGAUGAGAAUGAUGAAACGGUGUGUUUGGAGGAAACGUUGAAAAAUACUUCAGUUCAGGGUGUAAAUUUUGAGGCCUGGAAUCCCAACAGAGAAAACCCUGAUGGCAGGCAGCCAGACUUGAUCAGGAGGACAGAAGGUGAGGAGGAGGCACAAGGGACACUCAAGAGGAUCCAGAAAUUGGUGGGAGUUAAGAAGGGAACUCAAAUCAGCACAGAGGAUUCAAGGAACAAGACAGACAGUAGUGGUGGCCACAUGACAGAAUCUGAGGGUAAAGACAACAGUCCAGUCAUAACCUGCAUCAGCCUGACCAAAAAAACUGAGAAAAAGCCCACAACGUGUUCCACACGACACUCACAGCAAUCCCAGAAGCCUCUUCAAAGAAAGGAUGUACAUAAACCAGAAGCUUCUUGGAGUCCAGGCAUCUUUCAGGAAUACUGGAGUCCCAUAAUCUAUUCUCCAGCCUGGGACACCGCCACACACACCUGCCACAGGUCAACAGCCGAACAGGUCAUGUACAACUUCAACUUCACCCUCCCCAGAGCCACAGAUUGGGACAAAUAUGAGGAGCUCUUCCACCAACUGGACCCCUACAAACGAGACCAGCAAGCCAGAUGGAUCACGCACUCCGUCAUGGAUCUGGACAUGGCUGACCACGUGCGCUCAACCAGUUUUGGGAUUUUUGACAGACAGCAGCCGGCGCAGGUCAAAGCAGAAGAUAAGAAAGAUAGUUUGCCUGUGGAAACCGAAUCACCUGAGGUGGACUCCAGUAAAUCGGGUGGUCUUGGAAAGAAGAUGAAGACCAUCUCACUGACCAUGCGUAAGAAGAUGGGCAGGAAAUAUACAAAAGCCCUGUCGGAGGAAAUGGGGGAGGAGCCUGCGGCAGGUGAAGUGGGAAACGAAAGUGCUUUGGCCAAAGACUGCAGUCAGUCCGUAGAGAGUUUGUUCAGUUUGCACAGUGGACAGAGUUCAUCCAGUGGUGUAACCAGCAGCUCAGAUGGCUACAGUAACAGGGAUAGUCUACGUCUAGAUGAUGACGUGCCCUAUACAGGCCAGUUCUGUGGGAGAGCAAAGGUCCACACGGAUUUUGUCCCCAGUCCGUAUGACACAGAGUCUCUUAAACUCAAGGUGGGAAAUGUUAUUGAUAUUAUUAGUAAAUCUGCCAAUGGAAUAUGGACCGGAAUGUUAAACGGCAAAGUGGGAAACUUUAAGUUCAUCUACGUUGAUGUGCUGGUGGAGGAAAGUGUACCAGAGCCGAGAAUUCGUCCUCACAGGAAGAGCAAAAGACCUCGACCCAAAACCCUGCAGGAACUUCUAGAGAGACUCAACCUGGAGGAGCACAUCUCAUCUUUGCUGUUGAAUGGUUAUCAGACAGUGGAAGAUCUUCGAGAUCUUAAGGAGCAACAUCUUAUUGAGCUGAAUGUGACAGAUCCUGAACAUAGAGAAAGACUGUUGGCAGCAGCAGAAAACCUGCAGGACACAGAAUAUAAUAAGCAGAGCCUUGGACAAGCAGACGAACCCAAAUCUCCCUCUGAACAUAUGAAUGCGGAGUUGAAUGACUGUCCCAGAGACUCGGGCUGUUUCACCGGAUCUGACUGUUCAGAAAACAUUAAAGAGGACACAGAAAACCAAUUGGCCUCUCUAAGCCCAUCUACAGCCGAAUCGUAACCUCAGCUGUUUUUUUUCCUCGGUGUGGUGCAAGAACACACUAUGGCCACAUGUGAGGUUUUUGACUGUGUGGGUAAAUUCAGACCUUUUGCAUUAAAUGGUGUGUGUUGGUCCAAUGUUUUGCCGGACUCUCACAUCAGGAACGAUGUAGUUGGCUGCUUUAAAGGUGAUAUGUAAAUAAAACUGUAAAUAUUGUAAGAGAUGCACGCUUUGCUUUUGAGAACCAUUUAAAUGUUCUAUGUAAAUGUUAGACAACAAAAAAUACUACAAUAUUUUAUGCAAUAAAAUGUUAUGUCAUACUAA